UUAGUCGGAGCUUCAUGAACUCAGUUGUCGUUUUUUUUUUUUUUUUCCCUUUUCUUUUAUGCAUCGCUCUCUGUCUGUCUAUCCAGCUUUUGUUUCUGUGACUUGGGAAUCAAUGGCUUUGUAAAAAUCUGGAAGUAUUUGAUGUUUGAGUUUCAUUUGUUACUUCAUAUCUGGGUUUUUGAAUUCACGUGUUGACAGUGGGGUCCUCUUCAUUUUAACUUUUCUUUAGUAUAAUCCGAAGAAUCUUCGAGAUUUUCAACUUUUCUGAAUUUUUUCAAAAUUUCGUUGCUUACCUAACUAGGCGUCUAACAUGGCGGCUUAGUGUAACAAUCGGGUUUGAGUCGCAGAAAUUGAUUUCCAGAAAUGGGGUGAUUAACUGCUGAAGGAAACUAUCAGAGUAAUGGAGGAAAGUGAAAUAGCUGAAGUCGGAGGCUUGCUUGGAUUGCCUGCCCCAGCAUCUUUAACCGUUGCAAUAGCUAUCAAUGGAAAUAGAAGUAGCAAAUACAUAAUCAAAUGGGCAUUGGAGAAGUUUGUCCCCGAGGGCGCGGUGAUGUUCAGGUUGUUACAUGUUCGCCCCAAGAUAACUGCAGUUCCAACACCUAUGGGAAAUUCUAUUCCUCUUUCAGAAGUGCGAAACGAUGUUGCAGCUGCUUACAUGAAGGAGAUAGAGUGGCAAACAAAUGAAAAACUUCUACCUUACAAAAAGAUGUGUAUUCAAAAAAAGGUGCAAGUAGAAAUUCUACAAAUUGAAUCAGAUAAUGUAGUACAUGCUAUAUCCAAUGAGGUUUCCAAGUCUACUAUCAACAAGCUUGUUGUAGGAGCUUCAUCACGUGGCAUGUUUUCAAGAGGACGAAACUUGUCCUCGAAAAUCUCAGAAUGCACUCCAAGCUUUUGUACGGUCUAUGCUGUUUCAAACGGAAAAUUGUCAUCUUUGCGCCCAUCUGAUUCAGAGACAAAUGGAAGCAUUAAAGAUGAUAGUAGUGAGACAAGUUCCUCUACCAAUAAUAUGUCAAGUUUCAGUUCCAGCUCACAAGCAGAAUUGACCGAACCAGGCUUGGUUGCUUCGUAUCCUCAUUUUCAUUCUCCUUCACUACCAAUGCAGCGGUUUCAAGCUCUUUCAACCAUAAACCAGACCCUUCUUCAUAAGAAAACAAAUUCAACCGAAACCAGUCAUUCUGGAAUUUCGUCUCUGGAUAUUGUGGAAGAGGAAGAUGUUGGUCAUCCAAAUAGUACGGUAUCUAGUUUCAGAACCUUGGUAACAGACAACCAGUCGUGGAUAUCUGAUCAAGCUUCUAUCUCAGAUUUUUCAUCUGACAGCCCGGUCAAUGUCAAUGUCAAUUUUGAGCUAGAAAAACUGAGAAUUGAACUCAGACAUAUUCGAGGAAUGUAUGCAAUGGCUCAAAGUGAGACAUUUGAUGCUUCUAGGAAGAUAAAUGAUCUUCACAAGCACCAAUUGGAAGAUGCAACUAAGCUUAAUGAGAUAAACGAUAAGGAGGCAGAAGCAAAACAACUGGCAAUACAAGAAAGAGAGAAAUAUGAAGCUGCAAUAAGAGAAGUCGAGCACAUGAGGAAAUGCGUUGAAAGAGAAGCUGCUCAAAAGAAAGAAGCAGAGAUUAGAGCCUCUCAUGAUGCCAAGGAGAAAGAAAAAUUUGAGAAUGCCCUGUUGAGCUCUCCGCAGCAGUACCGAAAGUUUGAAUGGGAAGAAAUCGUGUCAGCCACGUCAUCGUUCUCUGAUGACCUUAGAAUUGGAAUGGGAGCAUAUGGAACUGUUUAUAAGUGCAGUUUGCAUCAUACAGCUGCAGCAGUGAAGGUCCUCCACUCUAAAGAGGCUCACAGGAACAAACAAUUUCAGCAGGAGCUUGAAAUCUUGAGCAGAAUUCGCCAUCCCCAUUUACUGAUUCUUCUUGGAGCGUGUCCUGAUUAUGGUUCCCUAGUUUAUGAAUACAUGGAGAACGGUAGUCUGGAGGAUAGGUUGCUCCGAAAAAACAAUACACCUCCAAUUCCAUGGUUUGAGAGGUACAGAAUCGCUUGGGAAGUAGCCUCAGCCCUUGUCUUCCUGCACAACUCAAACCCACACCCUAUUAUCCACCGUGAUCUGAAACCAGCAAACAUUUUGCUUGAUCGCAACUUUGUGAGCAAGAUUGGUGAUGUCGGGCUUUCCAAAAUGCUUGAAUCGGAUCCUUCUGUUAUAUCAACCAUGUGCAAGGACACGGGACUUGUAGGGACACUUAGCUACAUAGAUCCGGAGUAUCAGAGGACUGGGUUAAUCUCUCCAAAAUCAGAUGUUUAUGCGUUUGGGAUGGUGAUUUUGCAGUUGUUGACUGCAAAACCAGCCGUAGCACUGGCCCAUGUAGUGGAAACAGCAGUUGAUGAUGGUAAUUUUGCAGAUUUAUUGGAUCCAGAGGCUGGAAAUUGGCCAAUUGAAGAGACGAAGGAAUUGGCUGUGUUGGGAUUGAAAUGCACGGAGCUUCGGCGUAGAGAUAGGCCUGAUUUGAGGGAUCAAGUUCUUCCUGCUUUGGAGAGAUUGAAAGAGUUUGCAGAUAGGGCUCGAGAUAUGGCAUCCAAUGCUCAACCGGCACCUCCAAACCACUUCAUAUGCCCUAUACUUCAGGAUAUCAUGGAAGAGCCUUGUGUUGCUGCUGAUGGGUACACUUACGAUCGCAAAGCUAUACAGACAUGGCUUGAGGAGAAUGAUAAAUCCCCAAUGACAAAUUUGCCAUUGCCAACUAGGAAUCUAAUUCCAAAUUAUACACUUCUUUCUGCUAUUAUUGAGUGGAAAUCUGGAAAACAAUGACAUCCUUUUGUUUUUAACUUUUUUUUUUUGGUGGGGUGGGGGUAGAAUUUCUUAGAAGAAUUAUUCCUUUUAUUUAGUUGGAUUUUGUUCCAAAUAUGAAGGUUUUAAAUUAUUAGAAAUAUGUAUAUAAUAAUUUGAAAUGAUAGGAUUGUGAUGGAACAAUGUGUACAGGUUGCUGAUGAACAAUAAGAAUGUUCUGUGUGUUGCAAGUAGAGAGAGUGAUAGCUAUAAGGCACUUGAAUGAGAA